AUGAAGACGACUCUCCUUACUUUGGCCACCCAUCUCGUCGGUGUGGCUCUAGGCUCGAGAGGAAAGCAACCGUUCGAGCUGUUGAUACAUCGUGACUUGGAGACUCUGAGAUGUACGUUCAUAUCUCUUCACCAGACGCAGACGUUCCGAGGGCUUUCCGACACGGGUUAUGCACACGUCGAGCCAUUGGAUCCAACAUCCGAAGUUCUGCGCUUCAUCAACCAUGAACCCCGUCAACUAAGGGAGCAGAUACAUUCCCUAUGCGGAGAUACGAUAGAUCCCCCAGCCAACGUCCCCUUCAUUCUUGGAGAUGACGUCCUGCUCAACACCCAACUGGAUAAUGCACAAGAAGUUUUCGCCUCGCCGCAAAGUUCAAAUGGCAGGAUGAACGCUGUCGCGCCGCCGCCGCUCCAUGUUGAGCCGCUGAUUACUUCCGGGCCCUCUGACAACCGUGUCGAUCUUGUAUUUUUUGCGGACGGCUAUACACUUGAAGAGAAAGGAAAGUUCCUCGCAGACGCCACACGCCUGGCUUUGGACAUGUCGGGCAAUCAAACUUUCAAUACUGUCAAGCCCCUCUUGAACUUUUGGGCUGCAUUCACUCCCAGCAACGAGAGUGGGGUGGGAACCGGUGGAGAACCGAAAGAUACACCAUUUGGUCUAUACCGGGACGGAACAGAGCUCCGUGGUGUUUACUACAGCAAACCUGAAGUUGCGCGCGUGGCCUGUCUCUCGCUAGGGCACAGAUGUGACUAUCCGAUUUUGAUGGGAAAUGAUCCACUUUAUGGUGGGCUGGGGGGAGAAUUCACCGUAAUAACUCCUUCUUUGGCAAAUGGUGCUCUUGUACUCCGGCAUGAACUCGGACACUCAAUCAUCGAUGUUGGAGAAGAGUAUGAUGGGGGUCCAGAUUAUUUCGGUGUCAACGCAGCGCACAGCAUUUCCCAGCCCAUCCCGUGGUCCCAUUGGCUCACGAACACGUCUCAUUCGCACCAUCACAAAGGUGUACGCGUUGAACGGUCGUCAAUGCCCAUGCAAGCCUAUCCAUGGACACUCCUCAACGUUACGGAUCCGUGGUCUAUCCGAUUUAACUCCUCUGGGACAUAUGCCCGACACUUGGUCCGAUUUUCGCUGUCUGGGAUACCCGAGAAGGGAGAUUUGCUGGUCACAUUGGAUGGUGAAGACCUGCAGUGGUCUCCAAGACCGGAUAUUGGAGUUGACCGAUGGCACUAUGACAUACACCGUGACGGGGGGCUCGGCGGUGGAGUCCAUGAUGUCUCGUUCACACUGCGGAACAACGGCAGGGAGGGACUUGCCCAGCUAUGUAGCGCCGAGGUGCUGGAAUUUGGGAAUGAGGAAGAGUUCGUUUCGACCCCUGGAUACUACGGUGUCUUCCCAACGUUCUCAGACGUGAAUGCUACGUCGUACCGGCCUACCAGCGAAGAUUGCCUGAUGCGCAUUGUGACCUCUCCCAAUUUCUGCAGUGUCUGUUUAGAGGGGCUCUGGCUUUCAUUACUGAGACGUAUCGACUUGAUUGACGACAUCAAGCGAACGUGCGUUAUGGGCGGUACUACCUCUGGACACGCGUCUGGCUGGAAGUCGGCCAUCGAAGUGGGGCUUGUUCCGCUUGCGCAGUUCAGAGGGGACACCAUAGACGCGCAAGAGAGCUACACCAUCAUUUGGAGGAAGGACGGAGAGAUCCUUGAGGCGUUCACGAACAAAACCCGGGUGGAAGUGGAUGAUGAUGUGAGUCUGGGCGUGUACACCGUAGACGUGCAGUUCGCCACCAGCGAAGUUCGUGUGGACAAGGACAGACUUCUUGUGUCGAAUGGAACCUACGAGAUUACGGAAACAUGCAGCGCAUGGUAG